AUGGACGCGCGCGGGGGCGGCGGGCGGCCUGGGGAGAGCCCGGGCGCGACCCCCGCGCCGGGGCCGCCGCCGCCGCCGCCGCCCGCGCCCCCCCAGCAGCAGCCGGCGCCCCCGCCGCCGCCCGCGCCCCCUCCUGGCGCCGGGCCCGCGCCCCUCCAGCAGCCGCCCCGCACCGAGGCGGCGCCCCCGGAGGCGGCGGACGAGAGCGGCCCUCGGGCCCGGCUCCGCAGCCGCGACAGCUCGUGCGGCCGCCCGGGCACCCCGGGCGCGGCGAGCACGGCCAAGGGCAGCCCCAACGGCGAGUGCGGGCGCGGCGAGCCGCAGUGCAGCCCCGCGGGGCCCGAGGGCCCGGCGCGGGGGCCCAAGGUGUCGUUCUCAUGCCGCGGGGCAGCGGCGGGGCCCGCGUCCGGCCCGGCUCCGGGGCCCGGCCCGGCGGACGAGGCGGGCAGCGAGGAGGCGGGCCCGGGAGGCGAGCCGCGCGGCAGCCAGGCCAGCUUCAUGCAGCGCCAGUUCGGCGCGCUCCUGCAGCCGGGCGUCAACAAGUUCUCGCUGCGGAUGUUCGGCAGCCAGAAGGCUGUGGAGCGCGAGCAGGAGCGCGUCAAGUCGGCGGGGGCCUGGAUCAUCCACCCGUACAGCGACUUCAGGUUCUACUGGGACUUCACCAUGCUGCUCUUCAUGGUGGGCAACCUCAUCAUCAUCCCGGUGGGCAUCACCUUCUUCAAGGAUGAGACCACGGCCCCGUGGAUCGUGUUCAACGUGGUCUCGGACACGUUCUUCCUCAUGGACCUGGUGCUGAACUUCCGCACGGGCAUCGUGAUCGAGGACAACACGGAGAUCAUCCUGGACCCGGAGAAGAUCAAGAAGAAGUACCUGCGCACAUGGUUCGUGGUGGACUUCGUGUCCUCCAUCCCCGUGGACUACAUCUUCCUCAUCGUGGAGAAGGGCAUCGACUCCGAGGUCUACAAGACGGCGCGCGCCCUGCGCAUCGUGCGCUUCACCAAGAUCCUCAGCCUGCUGCGCCUGCUGCGCCUGUCGCGGCUCAUCCGCUACAUCCACCAGUGGGAGGAGAUUUUCCACAUGACCUACGACCUGGCGAGCGCGGUCAUGCGCAUCUGCAACCUCAUCAGCAUGAUGCUGCUGCUGUGCCACUGGGACGGCUGCCUGCAGUUCCUGGUGCCCAUGCUGCAGGACUUCCCCCGCAACUGCUGGGUGUCCAUCAACGGCAUGGUGAACCACUCGUGGAGCGAGCUCUACUCCUUCGCGCUCUUCAAGGCCAUGAGCCACAUGCUGUGCAUCGGGUACGGCCGGCAGGCGCCCGAGAGCAUGACCGACAUCUGGCUGACGAUGCUGAGCAUGAUCGUGGGGGCCACCUGCUACGCGAUGUUCAUCGGACACGCCACGGCCCUCAUCCAGUCGCUGGACUCCUCCAGGCGGCAGUACCAGGAGAAGUACAAGCAGGUGGAGCAGUACAUGUCCUUCCACAAGCUGCCGGCCGACUUCCGGCAGAAAAUCCACGACUACUACGAGCACCGCUACCAGGGCAAGAUGUUCGACGAGGACAGCAUCCUGGGGGAGCUCAACGGGCCCCUGCGGGAGGAGAUUGUAAACUUCAACUGCCGGAAGCUGGUGGCCUCGAUGCCACUGUUUGCCAAUGCUGACCCCAACUUUGUCACGGCCAUGCUGACCAAACUCAAGUUCGAGGUCUUCCAGCCAGGUGACUACAUCAUCCGUGAAGGCACCAUUGGCAAGAAGAUGUACUUCAUACAGCAUGGCGUGGUCAGUGUGCUCACCAAGGGCAACAAGGAGAUGAAGCUGUCCGAUGGCUCCUAUUUCGGGGAGAUCUGCCUGCUAACGCGUGGCCGGCGCACAGCAAGCGUGCGGGCUGACACCUACUGCCGCCUCUACUCCCUGAGUGUGGACAACUUCAACGAGGUGCUGGAGGAGUACCCCAUGAUGCGGCGGGCUUUCGAGACGGUUGCCAUUGACCGCCUGGACCGUAUUGGCAAGAAGAACUCGAUCCUGCUGCACAAGGUCCAACACGACCUCAACUCGGGCGUGUUCAACAACCAGGAGAACGCCAUCAUCCAGGAGAUCGUCAAGUAUGACCGGGAGAUGGUGCAGCAGGCCGAGCUGGGCCAGCGCGUCGGUCUCUUCCCGCCGCCUCCGCCGCCGCAGGUCACCUCGGCCAUUGCCACGCUGCAGCAGGCCGUGGCCAUGAGCUUCUGCCCCCAGGUGGCACGCCCACUCGUGGGGCCCCUGGCACUCAGCUCGCCCCGCCUUGUGCGGCGCCUGCCCCAGGGGCCUGUGCCUGCUGCCACUGCCUCACCAGGGCCCCCACCUGCUGCUAGUCCCCCGGGCGCACCUGCCAGUCCCCGGGCACCACGGACUUCGCCCUACGGCGGCGCGCCCUGCUCUCCGGCUGCCCCCCGAGCGGGGCCCGCACUUCCAGCGCGCCGCCUGAGCCGCGCCUCGCGCCCGCUGUCUGCCUCACAGCCCUCGCUGCCCCACGGCGCCACGGGCCCCGGCCCCGCAGCUUCCGCGCGCCCAGCCAGCAGCUCCACGCCGCGCCUGGGGCCCGUGCCCACCACGCGGGCGGCCGGGCCCAGCCCGGACCGCAGGGACUCGGCCUUGCCCAGCGUCACAGGAGGCCUCGACCCGCUGGACUCGGCGCGCUCGCGCCUCUCGUCCAACUUGUGA